AUGCAAUCGAACCUUCAGGUGAGUUGAAGAUUUGGCUUAAAAUUCGAGAUUUUCAGCAUUUUUUACCAUGGGAACUGAAAAUUGAGCUCAGACUCAGAAUUUCAAGCUUCCAGGCUCAUAAAAAAGCCGAAAAUCUCGUAUUUUCAACAAAAAACAUGGAUUUCCAUCUCGCAGAGCUGAAGAAUGCUCAAAAUCUGAAAAUUUCAGCCCUCAAGCUCAAAAAAUGUUGAAAAUUCCGAAAAUUCAACUUACGGACCUUGAAAAUGCUUAAAAUCCUGUAUUUUCAGUCAAAUAUCAGGAUUCUAACCUUCCAGACCUUAAAAAUGCUGAAAAUCAUGAAUUUUAGGCUUCCAGACCUUAAAAAUGCUGAAAAUCUCAAAUUUUAAGCUUCCAGACCUCAAAAAUGCUGAAAAUCUCGAAUUUGCAGCUCCCAGGCUCGAAAAAAGCUGAAAAUCUCGAAAUUUUGGUUCCCAUACCUGAAAAAAAAUGCUGAAAUUCCUGAAUUUUUCGUCCAAAACUGAAAUUUUCAGCUCCCAAGCCUAAAGAAUGCUGAAAAUCCCCAAUUUUCAGCCCCCAAAUCAUCAUUUCAAUCAAUAUUUCGAGUGUGUCAAAAACAAAUGGAAUACAAAUCAGGAAAUUGCCGAUAUACUGUAUGCGGCCCAGUCCGACCCGCUUUCCCAAUGCAUAACUAGUCAUAUUUUGGUGAAGCCCAAUUCGGGGUGAGUUUUUGAGCCACGUGAAUUUCUUGGAGCUAAAAUUUGCGGCUUUUUGAUACUAAAUAUGAUAGGGUAGGAGAAUUUCGGUGUGAUUUUUGACAGCCUCAAAAAUAGAGCUGGCUGGGUAGGAGAAUUAUGCUAGGAUUUUUGGUUGACAUAUUUCUCCUCAAAUUUUUAAGGCUGUAAAAAAUCACACAAAAAUUUACCUACCCACAAAAAUUUAAAAAAAAACGUAACGUGAAAAUUUUCUGGAAAAUUUUUAUUUUCACUUUUUUUCGCGUUAAGAAUUGGUGAGUUUUUUGGGAACCCGCGAAAAUUUUGCUUAAAGGGAGCUACAGUAUCCUAAAAUUCCACUCGGGAUCCAAAAAAUCGAAAAUUUCUGAUAAAAAUAUCAUAACAAUUCUCAAAAUGCUCCAAAUUCAACGAAAUUUACAAUUUUUUGAUCUACAGUACCCCAAAAAUCCAAAUUUUCCACUCAGGACCCAAAUAAUCUUCCCGCGCUACGAUGGUGCCUGGUUCAAAAACGACGAAUUCGUGUGGCGGAGGCGGCGCGAGGGAAAAUUGGUGCGCGAAGAUCACAUGAAGCUGAAAAUCCACAAACAACAGGUGAUCAGUGCGAAUUAUGUGCAUUCGGCGAUUUGUCCCACGUUUCAUCGCAGGGUUUAUUGGUUGACACAUGUGAGUUGGAAAAUGGCGGGAUUUUGGCGCCAAAAAUGUGAUUUUUGCUGAAAAAUGAGCCUAGGCUCGAUUUUUGCAACAUUUUGACACCAAAUAUGAGGGGUAGGAGAAUUUUGGUGUGAUUUUUGACAGCCUCAGAAAAUUGGAAGGUAGUAGAAAUAUGUCAGGAUUCUUGGCAACCUUGGAAAUUUUGAGGCUGUCAGAAAUCCUGACAUAUUUCUCUUACCCUCUCGAAAUUUCGAGGCUGUCAAAAAUCACACCGAAAUUCUCCUACCCCGUCAUAUUUGGUAUCAAAAUGACGCGAAUUUAGCUCCCCAGGGUUACUGUAAGCAAAAAACCACAAAUUUCCUCAUUUCAGAGCCCCGCCUACGUUCUGGUGCACUAUUUGAAUGAGUCGAAUGCGGAAAAGGGGAUCCGGAAGACGGCGGAAAUCAUUGCGGAUUGUAUGCACGCCAAUAAUAUUCACCAAUUGACACAUCAACAAUUGACCCAGCAAUUGGUGCCGAUUUGUGAGUUUUUCGGGGAUAAUAUGAGCAAUGCUCGAAAAAUCGUGAUUUCCCGCUUAAAAUUAACCCAGGAUCAAAUUUUGUCUCAAAAAGCUCUAAAUUCUUCAAAAAUCUCAAAUUUUCAGACGCCCAUUGCUUAAAACCAGAAGAAGUUCAAGUUCUAACAAGUUCAGUGCUCGAAAUCCUUCAAAAUCUCCAACAACAACAAACUGCCACGUCAUCAACACCCGCAAAUUUGCCGACUUCCAGCAACUCGCCACAUUUCCAGUUGGAGCGACGAAAUUCGUGUAGUUCGGCGAGUUUUCGACGUGGAUUGAGUUCGAUGGCGCUGAGAAGACAACCGUCGGCGAAUAGUGAAAUUGAUGCGAAUUAUAUUGGUGAGCUGAAGUUUUGACUGAAAAUUUGAAAAUUUUGAAGUUUUUUGACCCAAAAUUCGAGUUUUUCGGUCAAAAAUGGCCUAGAAACCAUAUCUUGGUUUUCUAGGUCAUGGACUAGUUUUUUGUUAAGAAAUUAGCCAUAUUUUUUGGGCGUUGCUCAUAUUAAACAAGUAAAUUUUUCAAAUCAAAUUCAUUUUCAUUUUGGAUUGCUCAGGUUAAGAAAAACGGUUAAAUUUCUAACGAAAAAGCUAAAUUUAUCGAUUUUUGGAGGAUUGCUCAUGUUAAGCAAGAAAUUUUUCGAAAAUUUAAAAAUUAAUGUAAAUUUGGGAUUGCUCAUAUUAAACUCCGAUUGUUUGAAAAAAUAGCAUUGCUCAGAUUAAUUUAAAAAUCAGUUUUUUUCAUUUAACCUGAGCAAUGGUCUGAAAUUUAGAUGAAAAAUUAGGGAUUGCUUAUGUUAAACUCAAAAAUUUUGCAGGUACAAUGAUGAAAAAAUACGGUUGCGUCACCAUCGAAUCGUCUUCCGCGUCGCCUCCCGAAAAAUCCUCGUGUCAAAAUUGCCGCGUGGCGACGCCGCGCGGCGACGUCGCGAUGCCCAGCCGCUCUCCUUCCGGCGACGAUGCGACAAGCGAAAUCUCGACAGCCGCCACUUCCGCCGCGUCAAAACUCGCCGCAAUCGUCGCAAUUUCGCCGCUUGCGGCAAAACCCGGCGAUGAAAUUCUCGUCAUUGGUCCGUGGUAUUUAAAGGGACACAGCUAUGACGUGGCGUUUGGCCAGCAGCAGGUCCCGGCACGAUUAAUUCAAGCCGGUGUGCUAGCGGCUACAGUACCUCCAGCCGCCGGUGGUACGGUAUCCACAGUACCUCUCCGGGUGUACUGUAACAAUUUGAUGGUUUCAAUGUCCAAAGAAUUCGGUGUAAUUUUGGAGGAGGAAGAGAGCGAGAGAGUGCAGAGAAGAAAAGUGCCACGUGACAGUGAGGAUACGGUAGACGCGAGUACUGUAUCUGAAGAGGUACUGUAUCAGAUUUUGGAGAAGUUGAGGAUUCUGGCGUAUGCUCUGGGCGUUUAUGAAGUUUGGGAGGUGAGUUUUUGUUGGGGGUACGGUAGGCUUGGGAUACGGUAGAUCAUAAUUGCCUAGAAAAUCUACAGUAACCCUUGGGUGCUAAAAAUCCUGACAUAUUUCUCCUAGAAAUUUUUGAGAAUGUCAAAAAUCACACCAAAAUUUUCCUACAAGUCAUAUUUGGUGUCAAAAUGACGCAAAUUUUCGAGCCGAAAAAAAAUCAAUAAAUUUUUUCGCAGCAAAUCUCACCCACCUUCACACCCAACGAAUCCACACUCACCAAUCUUGUUCAUCAAAUCCACCGGAGUUUCGUCGCCUCAACCGCUCUACAAACUCAAAUCACCACCAUCCACCAUCAGCUAUUGGGAGAUCACCAAUCGCCCGCCAAAACCCUACUACACCACGUGGCACAACUCGAUUUUUGAUCUACUUUUUGAGGCGUUUAUACAGGUACUGUAGAUUUGCUGGGCUAGAAAUUUGCGAUUUUCUGACACCCAACAUUGCUCAUAUUAAAAUUUUCAGAGAUUUUCAACGUUUAAUAUGAGCAAUGCUCUAAAAUCCACUUGUUUUUUUUUGGUCUUUCAAAAAAUUGAUUGAAUUUUCCGAUUGAGAAUUCAGGCUUCUCUGAGCUAAGCCCGAAAUUAGGCCUGAAUUCCAGCCGAAGCCUAACUUAGGCUUUAAAAAGGCCUAACAAGGAAUGGUUUUCAAUGUUCCCCCAAGGAAAAAAUCGAGAGUAUGUGGAAUGUUGAGGGUUCCCAUGGGUAAGAAAAACCCUAACGGGAAUAAGGAGAAAAAUGCCUUAUUCUCGAGAAAAAAUGUAUUUUAGGUCGAUUUUUACACCAUUUUUUGAUUUUUAGAGCAUCUGUAACUCGAUUUUGAAUCUAUUUCAUGAACUUUUGAGUCGUGGAAGUUGUUCAAAAUGGUCGAUUAUGUGUUUGUGAAACUUUUUAUCAAAAAAUUAGACAUUUUUUGAAAUUUGGUUUUUUCAGUCGGGGUCUCGAUUCACACAAACUUCUCCUUCACAACGAAAACGUUGAUUUUCUAUGAAUUUUUCAAACUAGAAAUUUGAUUUAGUGGACUUUUGGGACCAAAAUUAUUGUAUUCCUAAUUUUAGUCGAAGUAAUACUAAAGUACGCCGGUUGCGCUACAAAUGGAUUUUUAGACUGACAUUUUUCAUCAAUUUUGAAAAAAGUUUCGAUUUUUCUAAAAAAUUUCAUCGCAAAAAUCAAUAACACCAAAAUUUUCUAAAACAAGGCAUUUUUCUCCUUAUUCCCGUUAGGGUUUUUCUUACCCAUGGGAACCCUCAACAUUCCACAUACUUUCGAUGUUUUCCUUGGGGGAACAUUGAAAACCUUUCCUUGUAAAACCAAGCCUUAUCUUGAUCCUAAGCUUCAAAAAGGCUCUAAAAGCCUAUCAAAAAGCCUUAUCUUCAUAUACCUCAUUUUAAGGCUUAGCUUAAUCCAGGCCCAUUUUUGAGCCUAAAUUUGGAUCCAGGCCUAAUUCCUGAGUCUAAAAAAAUCCCUCUAAUUUUCUUUGAAGGCCUGAGUUUCAAAAAGGCCUGAAAUCAAGCCUACUCUUGAUCCUGAGCUUUGAAAAGGGUUAAAUGCCUGAACCAAGCCUAAAUUUGGGCCUAGGCCUAAUCUUGACCUUCAAAAGGGCCCUUAAAGCCUACAAGCCUAGUCCUAGUGAUGAUUUUCCAGCUCUCCUCGACCAUCCCAGGCUACCACCGGGAAUUCGACGUUCUCGCCCGCGAUUCCACCGGCUCCACCCCUCUCCACCAAGCAGCCCGCCAAAAUUCCACCAAAGUCGCCAAAGCCAUCCUGACGCUCAACGCGAAUGCCAUCGAUGUUUUGGAUGACCGUGGCCGAACCCCGGCCGAUGUUCUCAACCCCCAAAUCUUCCCAGUCAACGCCACCGAACUCUGGGUGCUCACCAAUGGUGAAACUGUCACGCGCGAGCAUCUCUUGCUCUCCAAAUUGAGCUCAAAUUCGAAAAGAGUUACGGCAAGUUGCUCGAGUUUUGGUGCGGCCACGGAUUUUGCGGAUUCCGAUCCGAUAGAUCAAAAUUUGCACGUGGAAAUCUCGAUGGACACCGAUGUUCAUGUACCGGAUUCGCCAAAAAUGGCCAGAUUGUUCCACGUUGUCACGAGCCCCGGAAUCCACGUCACAGAUAUGGCACGCGCGAAAAUGGCCGAUUUGGCCAGGCAGAUUAUUGAGGCCCUGCCGGCGAGGAUUAAAAGGGGUCCCGGCGAGAAUCCGGGCACGUUUUUUGAUGCGGAUGUGGAUCAGGUGGAUUUUGGAGCCCGUGAGUUUUUUUUUGGAAAAUUUGGGAUUUUUUGACACCCCACACGACGUUUUAUUGAAAAAUUUGGAAAUCUUCUAGGAUUACUGUAGAAUCUAAUUUUGAAUUUUUAAAUUUCCCGCCAGAAUCUUUUUAGGAUUACUGUAGAUUUCCGAGAGCUGAAAAUCUAAUUUUUGAAUUUUUGAAUUUCCCGCCAGAAUCUUUUAGGAUUACUGUAGAAUUCUGAGCGCUGAAAAUCUAAUUUUUGAAUUUUUAAAUUUCCCACCAGAAUCUUUUAGGAUUACUGUAGAAUCUAAUUUUGAAUUUUUAAAUUUCCCGCCAGAAUCUUCUAGGAUUACUGUAGAUUUCUGAGCGCUAAAAAUCUAAUUUUUUGAAUUUUUAAAUUUCCCGCCAAAAUCUUCUGGGAUUACUGUAGAAUCUAAUUUUUUGAAUUUUUGAAUAUCCCGCCAAAAUCUUUUAGGAUUACUGUAGAUUUCUGAGCGCUAAGCAAGUAAUUUUGAAUUUUUAAAUUUCCCGCCAAAAUCUUCUGGGAUUAUUGUAGAUUUCUGAGCGCUAAAAAUCUAAUUUUGAAUUUUUAAAUUUCCCGCCAAAAUCUUCUGGGAUUACUGUAGAUUUCUUAGGGCUGGAAAUCUAAUUUUUGAAUUUUUAAAUUUCGCGCUAGAAUCUUUUAGGAUUACUUUAGAUUGUUGGUGCCAAAAAUCUGAUUUUGAUCCAGAAUUUGACCUUGGAACUUAAAAAAAAAUCCCCAAUUUUUUCUGCAGAGCACAAUCCGAUGCUCUCGAGCUCCGGAAAUUCCAUGGAUUCAUCCUGCCAUCAAUUUUACGACAUGAUGGUUGUUGAUCAACAAAGUACAACUGGCGGAUCGGUGGACACGAGUCGAUUUACGAGCUCAUUUGAUAAAGGAUCAUUUUCGGAGAGUGAGACACUGGAUUUUGAUAAGUUGGUUUUUUGGGGGGAAUUUUUGGCUGAAAAUCUGAAAAUUUCUGAAAUUUGCAAUUUUUUGAAACCUCACAAGCUAUAGGGGCUUCUCAAGGCGUGGCUCCUCGACAGCAUAUCUCUUAAGGCGCCACUACUUAACAUAUAGCUUCUCAAGGCGCGGUUCCUUGACACCAAAGCUUUGAAGGCGCGGCUCCUUGUCCUCAGAAAAAAAAAUUUUUUUUUCAGAGAUUUGGGCGAAUUCUUCACAAUUCACCUGGAUGCUGGAAUCGACCCAAUUCAGAUCAGAUUGGCGAAUUUGAAAUAUAAUGGUGAGUGUUUUUAG